AUGGAACAGCCGAAUGCCACGUCUUCAAAUUAUGAUCAUUUUAUGAUUUACAAGCGUCUUUUGAAGAGAAAACAAAAUCUUCGGUAUCGAAAACGACUGCUAGUCAAAUUCACUAAUCCUAGUCGAACAAAUAUUCUGAAUAACUCUGAUGAGUUCUUCUUUCCUUCGAAUACGUUUGACUCCCAAUGUGACGAAUCUGAUAAUGGUCAUGAAGCUGAUUUUGAAACGAAGUUUAGUCUCAAUGAGUUUGACAAUGACUUUGUGGACACUUGGAGUUUCAUUAAUUUUCCCAUUAUUGCUGACACUGAUGUUACAUCCGACGAAUUCAUCGGUGAAAUGAGACAUUUUUCAAAUGAACAAAAGUCGUUUGUGUGCGAAUGUCACGAAAUUAUUUCUCCGAAUCGUCCUGAACAAGCACAACAACAAUUACUUUCUGAGAUCAUCCAAUUCGUACACCAAGCAAAUUUAAAUAAAACGACUACGUCUUCGUUAUUAUCCUUACUUAGAUCAAUUCGAAACUCGAAGGUGAAUGAAAUUCCAAAAACAGCUGAUAAUCUCUGGCGCUUGCUGAAUAUAAAGUUCAAUUACCAAAUCUUCUAUUAUUGCUCUUCUUGCUUUUUGAAUUUGGAAAACUACCAAGAAACAUGCGGUCAAUGCAAACUGAAGCACAAAUCCAAUUCAGAAUUAUAUGUAUUUUCCUUAAGUGACGAAAUCAAACGGGUUGUUCUGUCUAAUAUGGAUGUGAUUCGUUGGUACAGUUCACCUAGUCACCAAAUCGCUGCUGAUAUCGUUAAUUGGAAAUUCUAUAGAAAAGGGAGCACGAAUCAACCACGAUUGAGUUUGCUUCUCAGUACGGAUGGAAAACCGAUCAUCAAAUCCAAGAAAACUCAAACGAGUGUGUGGCCUAUACUAUCGUUUUUGGCAGAAAUACCUCCGCCAUUGCGUGAACAUAUCAACAAUAUUCUUCUAUUAGGGCUUUGGCAUUCACCGACGACACCUCCCUCCUCUUUGCUUCUGAACAAAAUCGUAGACAAUAUUAAACUGUUAAUUGCCACAGGAAUCAACAUUGCCCAAAAUGAUCAAUUGAUUCAAUUCUCUGUGACUGUUCAACUAUUCAACGGUGACUUACCGGCGCGUGCUAAAGUGAAUAACAUGGUGAAUCAUAACGGUUACUACGCUUGCUCAAGAUGUCUUCUCGAAGGAAAACGUUGUGCGAAACCUUGCGGUAGACAUACUCUUUAUACAUGGAAAGAUUUUGUUGACAACCCACCAAAACAGCGAACUGCAAAACAUAUUGAAAACUGUGCCAAACAAAUAAGUUCUUCGAUUCCGAAAGUGUUUGGUGUUACUGGUUUCUCGUCGAUUUCUGCUUUGAUGUCAAUACCGGAACAAUCGGUUUUCGAUUAUUUUCAUUUAAUCUUGGAGAUACAUUUCCGGUACUUAUUGCAACAUUGGUACAAUAUCAUAAAACAAGAUUCAGUGACACUCAGUCGCAUUGAUCAAUAUCUCAGUGAAAUUCGUUAUCCUCAUUCGUUCAAUAGACAACCUAGGAGUUUUGAUAAUCAUAAUAAAUGGAAAGCGUCGGAACUCCGAUGUCUUAUGAUUUACACAAUGUUACCGGUUCUAGUCAAAUUACGUCUCAACGCGCCGUAUUGCUUUCCAGGUGUUUAUAUCUCUCAUUUUUUAUUUUUAUUUACAUACGUUCGAGUCUUGCGUCAUUUCGAUCACCGUGAUGAAAUUCGAGAUAUGCCGCAAUUUAUACAUGUAUAUCUUCGUCAUUUCGCCGAUCUUUAUGAAUGCUGCAAGGAGCUAUUCUCCGUUCAUGCAUUAAUUCAUUUGUGGCAGCAAGUUGAAGAACAUGGAGGUCUUGCAUAUCACAGCUUGUACGCAUCGGAAAGUUGUCUACAAGUCUUCGAAAAGCUUGCUCAUGGAUCGGUAGUAUUAGGUGAACAGAUGGCAUUUUGGUGGUGUAUAUAUCGGCAAAUUCGUUCACGAGAAGUACAUUAUUGUUCUAAAUUGUUAACCGAUGAAUACUUUAUCCACGACAACUUUUUCGAUUACGAUGGUUUGAAGAAUUACAAUCAAGAAUUUAUAUUGAUGUUCAACAAAAUCUUCGGUCAAUUUCCAAAUUCGUCAUUGAAGUAUCAUGCAAGAUAUCAACGUGGUCUAAUUACAUACCAUUCUUUGAUGUAUACCCGACGUUUCAACUCAAACAGUUACAGCGUAUGUGUUAAGAAUGAUAAUGAUCCUAUGAAAUUAUUAUUCUCGUAUGGUGAAAUCGUUUUCUUCUUUUACUUCAACGAUGAACCUUUUUUCUUCUUCAAACGAUACAUGCGAUCACAAAAACGGUUUUCCUCGUUGGUGAAUCCGAUUGAACAGAUUCCGAAUUGGAACUUUUACGUCGACAAGUAUUAUAAACUCAUUCGUUAUACUUCAUCCGAGUUUAUCAUUUUACCGUGUACAGCAAUCAUGUAUAAGUGUAUUUUUGUUUUACUUAACGAUGAAUUUUCUGUAUGGACUCCAAUAUCAUUUGCCAUCAUACUUUCUUCAUGUACGCAAACUAAAUCUAUGGCCAAUAAUUCUACCAAUUCCAUGACACCUGGCAGAAUGCGAAAAGUUUCUCGUUUAACAACAAAUACUCAACCUGUAGCACUAGCUUAUGACGACUAUGAGUCGGACGACGGUGGUUUCGAUGAAAAUUAUCCAGUUAUGCGAGAUGUAUCGUUAUAUCCACAUCAACCUCGUCACGUAUCAAAUCAAUCGAUGCAGGCAAUGAGAAAAGACGUUAAUUAUUAUACACCUCAAUUGAAACGUAAACGACAAGAAGAAAGUUCACUACAAUCUUUUGCCGAUACAUUCAAAGAACAAAUCGAUACUAUUCGACUAAUGCUGAAGGAUAUCAAUCAGAAAGUUGAUGUGGUGCACCAGAAAGAAGAAGUUCUUGAAAAGAAGAUCGAUGUUCUCGACAAAAAUAUGAGUGGAGUAAUCAGUAAAGUCAAUAAGAAUCCAACACCAUGUGAACCACCAGCUUCUCUUGAGGUCAUGGCAAAUCUCAAAUUGGAACCAAUUUCUACUAAAUAUCUGACCGCUGAUAUCUGGUUUUUUGGGCAGACAUCAGAUAUUUACCAACACAUAUAA